AUGACCGAGGCCUCUCGUCAAGGUCGCUAGACUUUGAGAUUCGUGUCGGCGAAAACUGGCAGCCGACGAAGAAUCCAACAUGUACUGGCAAUCAUCCACUGGAAAAUGGAGAAACAAGAGCAAUAUUUUGUUCGCAUCCUAUGCGGGGAAAUAAUGUGGGGAUUAUACAGAAAAUGGAAACAGCUCUCAAUUUGUGUGAAGUCUCUGUACACGGGCGUGAGGUGCUAUCGAUAACUUCCAACGAACCAGGUAGGUUUAGAAAAAAACGUUAAAGGAACGUCCAGUGUUACCUUCUGAGCAAUGUGACUUAGUCGGUGUGAAAUUUGAAAAGUUCACAAACUUUUUUUAUAGAGAGCUUAAAGGACAUUGGCAACAAAAAAUCAGUUUGUCUCAUUCUAAAGAACUCUUAAAAUUAUUUAUAACAUAGCAUUUGUAAAUUCUGAACGCUGAUUGGCUAAGAGCCGUGUUGAUAUAACUCAAUGUCAACACGGAAACGUCGGAAAAUUUCUUUCUUUAUAUUUCUUGUGCUAUAUAUCAUACAAAUAUAAAACUUUUUUCCGUAUUGAUAUAUAGUUAUAUCAACACUCGUGGAAAUUGGGAAAACCCGAAAUUGUGUGAAAACACUCCGCCCUUCGGGCGUCGUGUUUCCACACAAUUUCUCGUUCUCCUAAUUUCCACUCGUUGAUAUAACUGUAUAUCAACACGGAAAAUGUUUUAUAUUUGUUAAAUAUUAAACUCUAUUACCGGUUUGUCGUAUUUUGCUUAGUUCGCGAAAUAUUUAGACCGAAAUUAAUGAGCUGUCCGCCGUUUUGGACUAAUUCUUGACCUCAUUAACUAUGGUUUUGAUGACGUCAGGAGUCGGGUUAAACCACAUGAAACUACUCUAAAAUAACCGAGUAACAAUCCAAAAUUGUUUGAAAUGUUUUUAAUAAUUUCUAAAUUUCAGACAGCAACCAGAUACGAAGUUUUGGACCCAUAUUAUUCGUUUGAUCUCAAGAGAAAAAAUUAGCAGGACCCCUCUCUUGACAUAACAUGCAUAUCCUCAAUAAUCCAAGAUGGCGAACAGCUCACUUUUUCCAGUCGAAAUAUUUUGAAGUCUUUGAAAACUAAGCAAGAUAUAAACAAUAUGCAAUAGAGUUUAAUAUAUAGUUUUAAGAGUUCUUUCAAAUGAACUAAACUAAUUUUUUAUUGCCAAUGACAAUCAGGCCUUAAAAUAUCUUUUCCAGGGCCGUCUGACAAAACGUCCGGUGACGUUGAGUUUUGGUCGGACAUAUGUCCGAUGACCUUCAGUUCAUUUUUGACUCGGAAAUAAGUCUGAAUGACACAAAUGAAUAAACGGUAAAAGUUGUAAAAAUAUUAAAUAAUUUGUUUCUUUCAUACUUAUUUCCAAGCCAAAAUUAACUUGCUUUCCAGAACAGCAGUAUCAAAACCCGUUCUCGACUACGUUAAAACAACAUUUCCAGUUGACUUUUUAUACAAUAGUGCACUGAUUUUCCAUUUAACACACAAGCCUCUAGUCCUGGGCUAGGAUACAUUUUGAUUUACGUCGGACAAAGCUACAGUUCGGUCGGACACCAAUUCACUCGGGUCAGACAAACAAUAAACCUCAGUUUCACUUAGGUCGGACAGAAUGUCCGGUGGUUUCCUUUCUACGUCGGACAAUUUCACGAAUGGGUCGGACAAUGUCCGUGACCGACCGAUAUUUUAAGGCCUGUUGCCAAUGUCUUUUAAGGUAGUCCUCCACCCUGAAAACACUUUUUCAAAUUAAAGCUCUUGUCAUCAUAUUUGAGUCAAGUACGAUAGAUUAUGCUUAGCUGACACAGGAUCAGUAACUUUUUACAUUCAUCUUUUCCAUAGUAACUAAGAUAGGCCUUGAUUUUUUCUGUGUUGGUGUUGUGUACUCAGGUGAAUAUGAUGCUUGUGAUGUUACUCUGAGUGUAUAUCCACACCGGACAAGCUUAUGUGGAUUUUCACUCAGUAACAUUACAAGCAUCAUAUUCACCUGAGGCUGAGUACACAACACCAACACAGAAAAAAUCAUGAUUAAUAGAUUGCAUUGAUAUCGAAGGAACUAGAUUCUGUUUCGAAAUAUCACUUACUCGAACCGACCUAACCGCGUAGCUCAGUUGGCAGAGCAUUGGGCUAGUAUUCCAAAGGUCGUAGGUUCGAUUCCCACCGUCGCCAGGCAUAUUUUUCAAGCUUGUCCGGUGUGGAUAUACACUCAGAGUAACAUCACAAGCAUAAGAUAGGCCGCCCUAUUGGGUAACUGAAUAUAAGGUUUGCUCCAAAAAGGAUGUGAGCCAAACUAAAUUACCGAGGAUCUUACAAACAGUUUUAAUGGACACCUAACACGUUGAUCUAUAGUCGGGGAAAAAUCCGACGUCUUUUCACGCGCUUAUUCUUUGCUCGGAAAGUAAGGUCUGCGAACCCGAGUGGGAAUUCGAAACAAAAUUUUGAGUGAGUAAAAGGUUGGGUUUAUGAAAAACAAAACAACUCAAGGGUUGGGUAAUAAAAAUUUAUUGUCAUUUUCAAAGCAUGAUUCACUCAAAUAUUAUAUGUCAAUACAAUAUUAUUAAAUCAAUCAAUCAAUCAGAGUCACUGUCUUGAUUAUUUGCUAACUUGUCAGGAGGCAAAUGGUGUCUCCAAAGAAAGUACAUAUGUAAACAAUAUGAAACUUUUUAGACUGCAGAUAAUUGCAUUCUUUUAAAAGUUUCUGACCAGGGGUGGAUAUUUAUUUUUUAAUUGAUAUUCGAGGUUGGGUAGAAAAAUAUUGGACUUUUGAAUGGUUGAAUUUUACCAAGAAAAACAUUUCUUUUCGGCGCUACCCCCGCCAUAAAUAAUAUUUACUCCCUUAUUUUACAACUUUUUUUCUAUAGUUUGUUUGAAACCACGACCACUCGGAAUGGAAGACAAUACUAUUCUCGACUCACAGUUAACAGCUUCGUCCGUAUACCAUGAGACUGAAGGAAUGGAUCAAUCAAGGUUGAAUUCAAUACUUUCUGCAGGUGCCUGGUGUGCUAACAAGGAUGCUGAUCCUAAGCCAUGGAUGCAAGUAGGAUUCCUAUGGCCUGCUGCUGUGACUGAAAUUUUGACUCAGGGUCGACACAGCAGUAUUCAUAACCAAUGGGUGACCGAUUUUGGAAUUUCUUCAAGUAACGAUUUUGUUGGCUAUGAAUCUUACAAGUAUGGCAUUAGUGGUGCGACGGUAAGACGACUUUCUAGCUUAUCCAAGUGUGUCCUCGAUAACAUGCAUCGUUUCUUCAUGUGGCACCACUGAAUGAACCAAGAAGGGAUGCGUCUUACUGGACAUCCAGGAAGAACAGUUUAGAACUGAUAGAGCUAUCCAGUAUAAAUAAAGUUGGUUAAGUUUAGGUUUCCUCCUGUGGUAACACUGGAUCAAUAAGAGAUGAUCCUUACUGGACCUCUAGGAAGAACAGUUUAGAAUUGAUAGAGCUAUCCAGUAUAAAUAAAGUUGGUUAAUUAAGUUAAGGUUUCCUUCUGUGGUAACAGUGGAUCAAUAAGAGAUAGUCUUUACUAGGCCUCUAAAGUGAACAGUUUAGAAUCGAAAUUAGUGUUGUAUUUAGCUUAUUUUUGUGUGUGUGGGGGGGGGGGGGGUGCUAGUUUGAUACUGGUUAAUGUUCGACUCAUUCAUUUCCCAGGGUGAUCAGUUUGGAACUGGUAAAGCUAUCCAAUAUAAAUAUAUAGAAUUAGUUUAGGUUUUCUUCUGUAGUAACACUGGAUCAACAAGGGAAGACCCUUACUGGACCUCUAGGGAAGAACAGUCAAUUAAGAACUGAUCUAUAGAGCUAUUCAGUAUAAACAUAUGUAAUGUAAAGCUGAUUACUCCGGUUUCGUACUCGACCAGUAAGGGUCUGUUGAGCCUAGCUAACGGGGAGACUCACCUGAGUGAGUUAUGCCCUUCGUUAACGCAUAUAAAAUUUAAAAUUCAAUUUGUUCGCAUGAGAAACGAGCCAGCCUGGCUUGGUGAGAUCUCACUUUGCGCUAGGUGGCAUCUUAGUCAGGUGGGAUAAAAAUGUUCCCUAUGAAGGCUUUAUUCCAUCCGAUUGGGAUGGCUAUUUUUGUCGAUUUUGUCCUUAUCAUAUAGUAUUGAACGACAUUGUCGGAAAAUACAAGCAAAAAAAGAAAUAUUAAUAAACGUUGAGCUACGUCGUACAAGGUGCAUUUUGUUUAAUGACAAAAUAAAAUAAUUCGGGGUGGGAUAUUUUAGGUGGGAUAGAAACAGUAAUGCAAAUUCACGCGUACUCCGGUUUCCAACUAUGGAUUGAAAAGGCUCGCUCUUACUGGUACUGGAGGAAGAAAAGUUUAAAAGAUGUCCACUGCAAAAAAACUAUAGUUCAUGCCUAACUUUCAACACUUCCAAGUGGACGAAGGAAGAGCAUUAUAUAUUAUUAAAAAUCUCAUUAAUAAUUCACGAGGAAAAUACAAAAGAAAUGAAUGUUUAAUCAAUGUUUGUAAAUCGGAUAAAGAUUUGUCCUGAUUUACAUAAACUUCAGUUUUGAUUCUCUCGGGUUAGACCUUGUUUAUUUUUAAAAUCACUUCGCCAAUGAACUCAUAAGACGGGUCGUUUUUAAGCAAGUUUAAACAUUCACAUCCCAUCUUUAUCUAAUAUACAAACUCUCGCCUUCGGCUCGAGUUUGUAUAUCAGAUAGAGAUCGGCUGCUCAUGUUUUAACUAGUACUUGUAAAACUCAAUAAGUCAUCAAGAAAACACAAAAGAAAUCAUGAGCGUGAAGGAGUUUGUAUAUCUGAUACAGAAAUCAUGCUGAUUUACAUAAACUUUAAGUUCAAUUUUCUCACCAAAUAUAAUUCAUUUAUUUUAAAUUGUUGAAGAAUACGAAUGUUCUCAUCAAGACGUUUCACAAGCCAUUUACAACAUUUGUAAAUAGUACAUGUAAGUUUAUAGGGCGUUAUUCGAGGUGAGGUGUUAGACAUCGCGCUGCCUAAGAGUAAAUAUGGUACUAUUCCUACUGGUUUUUUUUACAUUUUAUAUUUAACAUUUUGUAUUUUUUCUGUAAUGCCAGGUGUUUCCAGGAAACGCAGACAGUGAUACAGUAGUUCGUCAUCGUUUGCAACCAGUUCGUGUCGUUCGUAUAAUUCGUAUUCACAUUCUCAGCUUUAAUAAUUGGCCUGCCAUGCGUGUGGAGUUCGUUGGAUGUUACUAUAAGGAUAAAGGUAUACCUUCAUAG